ACGCGUUUGAUAAAAGUCCAACUCCUGUAUGAAUUUCUUGGUAAAUGAUGGGAGUGAAGCACAUGACUCUUGUCAGUCGCUGCUAGGCCUCUCCGGCCAGGCUGCAAACUUAAGGUUUGAAAGCGACGAGAGUGGAAGGAGCAGGAAAAUAAAAGCGGAAGCGCACCGCGCAGGCGGCGGCGGCGGAGGAGACAGUGCCCGAGGUGGCGGUGGCGAGAGAAGGGUUCGCAGGUCCCCCCGCACGGCUGCAGGCACCACCGCAGCGACCACGCAACAGCGGGCCAGGAGGUUUAGGAACCAGAUAUCGUCUGGGUGUGAACAUAAAGCACCCAUCAAGAGCAAUAGUGCCAUCCUGACUUCAUCAACGUCGCCCAACAACAGCAACCUGACGAGCAUCAAAGCCUCGCAGCAAACUCUUAACCAGAACAACACGAGUCCCACAUCUCCUCUGGCGGCGAGCAAUAAGCAGAGACUGAACUAUUCCGGUCCUCCUUCCUCCCUGACAUCUGUGCCUGCUACGAACGCUUCUAGAGGCUAUAAGGCUAGUCACAGGGACUCCCUGCACUCGAGCAAUGGUUACAACGCUGUGGCCACCGACGAACAUCGCCAAGUAAACAGCAAUCACGCAUACAAAACCGGAAAUUCUCUUACCAAACCUCGCAGCAAUCACCUCGGCUAUCGGAACGUUCGACCCCGGCCGACUUUUACUUCGCCUCCUACAACAAACGGAUCUUGCGGUGGGGCUUCAGGUACUUCAGGCAAUUCCUCUCCAGCGUCUUGCAUCUCUUCGUCCCGGUUACAGAAACCUAGGUCUAAAAAUUCCCCCGGAGGACGGACUAGUGUUCAAAAAACGCAACCUGGAGACGUGUCGUCUCGACCACGGUCUUGCAGUAACAGCAGUUGGAGCAGCAGCAGUAGCAGCAGCGACAGCGGUAACAACGAGAACUUAGCGAACGGUACCUCGUCGUUGACGGUUUCUUCACUGCUGCGGAGCACAACUCCAGGAACACCGAACACCCAACGCGGGUCAUCGUCGGGAAAUUCUUCCCCCCGCGGCGGGUCUUCAUCUCUUGGCGUCACUGCAGCAGCGGCAGCGACAUCAUCACCCGGGGCGUCCAGGCACCUCAGAACAACACGCAGCCGCAAUCGUAUGACCAUGGGACAGAAGACGUCCAGCGGUCUGAAGACGGCGGGAAGGAGUGGAGCAGCUGAAAGCGGCGCGUCAACGCAAAAUCGCUUCACACGUGAGCUCGCCAUGGCGCAGGACCUGGUCAGACCCAAGCGCCUGGACAUGCUGCUCGACAUGCCUCCUGCUUCCAGAGAAGUGGCCGUAAAGCAUUCCUGGGAUCCCGACGACCGUUCCCUCAACAUUUUCGUCAAGGAUGACGAUAAGACAACGUUCCAUCGGCACCCGGUCGCACAAAGCACAGACUGUAUAAGGAGUCGGACGGGUUACACCCGUGGCAUCCAUUACUGGGAGAUGACCUGGUCUACCAGACAGAGGGGCACCCAUGCGGUCGUAGGUGUUGCUACACCCGAAGCUCCCCUUCAUUCUGUAGGGUACCAGUCACUCGUAGGCAGCAAUGACCAGUCCUGGGGCUGGGACCUUGGCAGGAACAAACUUCAUCACAACUCUAAGGGAGGAAAUUCCGGCAUCACUUAUCCUAAGUUAUUAAAUUGCGACGAAACCUUUGCUGUUCCAGAUAAAUUUAUAAUCAUAUUGGACAUGGAGGAGGGGACGCUUUCUUUUAUGGUAGAUGGCCAGUACCUGGGGGUCGCAUUCCGCGGGUUGCGGGGCAAGAGGCUUCAUCUGAUCGUCUCAGCCGUGUGGGGGCACUGCGAGAUCACACUUCGCUAUCUAGGAGGACUGGGCCCUGACCCUCUUCCGCUGAUGGACUUGGCGCGGCGCGCAGUGCGAUUGUCAGUUGGGAAGCAGCGUCUUCAUCGGCUACAGGAACUCAACCUGCCAUCCUCAGUCAUAGACUACCUUCACUUUAAGGACCGUGACACUUGAUUGUCUUCUCAACUACAAACCUUUCCACCGCUGAGCACUCCGAGAGCGCGCUUUAAGUCCACGCUUCUUUCGCUUCAGGUCGCGUAUCGUCUCUUUUUUUCCAUUUCUGUCGAAAUUUUCCUAUGUUCGUUUUCUGUUCCCUGGAAUUUCUAUCAUCUUACGAUUACCAUAUUUUCACGUUCGUAUCUUAAGCUCGUGCUUAAUGAAUUACAAUUAUAUUUGAAUCGUAUCGGCAGUUUUUACAAACAUUUUAACGGACCAUAGAUUACUUUAAUCUGGUUCUAUUGGGUGUUUUUAGUCAAUGAAGCCUAAUUCAGUUGAAUUCGUUUAAUAUAUUUUACUGCAGACAUACUGUCAAAAUUAAUCGUACAUGACAGUUCAAUUUGAUUACUUGGAUUGAUACACAAAAAAGGUUUGAUGGCUGAAAUUUCAGAUUUAGUUCUCCGAUUUCUCCAUUAUUUCACAACAGUUCCCUUAAAUGCUUUGAAUAAUGUUCACUUUUUAAUUGCGUCGUGAUUGAACUGAAUAUGAUGUCUCCUUUGUCCUCGAGCCGUUAUUGGUCUAUAUUUAAAGUAUUAAAUCGAAAUUAAAGACUUGCUUUUGGUGAAGCUGUAUCCUUGAAACAAAAAUGAAUCAGUAAAUUGUGUUACUUUUGAUGAAGAGCAACGAUAAAGCGUUUAGUUUCUGAACGUUGUAAUAAUCAGUUAAAAAAGUGAUCGUUAAGAAUUUCCUACCAUAAUUUUUGUUACUCUUAAUUGGACUUCUUGAAACUUGUGUGAUGCGUGUAAAACUUGUUUUAGAUAGCAGAAUGAGCAAAUAGUUUUUUCCUGUUCGUCUCAUUAUUAAAUAAUGUAAAAAUUCGUCUCUUGUUCGUUUCGUCUGCAUAGUUCUCUUUGAAAUUCGAUUGUCGUGAAGUCCACGUUCGUUCCUUGUCAUUUAUUCAACGAACAGUCGAGACUGAAAGUUCUUUCUCCAAUAUGCUUGUGAAGACAAAUUUUCUUAGCUUUCAUAAGUCUUGACUUUGAGUCAUUUUUCUGUUUGUGUAAUUAUUGCACUGCACUGUCGUGUCAUUUCUGGAAUGAAUGGAAAUAAAUUAUUAAUUUUACAUUAAUUUUUCUAUUCUGCUGACCAAUGUUGCAUGUGCCCUUCUCGACCGGAGACGAUGCCGCAGUGUUUCUUAUUCCAACUUUUAAACAAUUGUUACGUUUUUAACAUCGCCACUGUAUUUUUAAUUGUUUACCGUUAACUAUUGCAUUUUGUGUAAGUAGGGAUGAGCGUUUCCUUUGCUCAAUUUUCUCAUCUUGUUUGGUUUAUUGAGUUCAACUUGAGUCAGCUCUGCUUGAUCAUCUGGAUCUAGGAUCCUCUAAGCAUCGACUUCUAAGAGUUAGAUUAUAGUUAACUCAUAAUGGUCGUUAUCCUGCUCAAGGGUCUGGUUCAUACCUCAGCUACUCCUCAUUGGCUUGGCCAUUUACCUGUUCUUUUCCAUUUCCUUUUGAGUUCUUUCAACUCGCGGAUUGUUUUUUUCACCGAUUUUACUGGUUCUCAUUUAACCGGUCGCUGUGCGUUGCACAACCGUCAACCAUGAUAUUAUUAGAAUCUCUGAAAACAAAGCACGGAAUUCCCUGUUCAUGAAAUGCCUCUCAGUCGGUUCUGCUCAUCUUGCUCUAUCGUUUUUUAUAUUUAACGAUUUUUUUCGGUUGUUCUAAAUACUUUCGCUAACUUAAACAAGGCAAUAAUUUUUCCAUGACAUCAAUGUAGCAAAACAAAUUUUAAAAAAUUGCAGGCAAAUCGGAGGUUCUUGAAUGUGAUAUAUUUUUCACGAACUUUCUCGUGCGCAUUUUUCUCACGUAGCGUUUAUUCUAUUUGUGCAAGGAGAUGUGAUGUGCAGCUCACGGGUCAAUGCUUAUGUGGAAGGAUGCUCUCGUAACAUAGUCAUAGUUCUUUAAAGCCCUUCUACGUUGUAAUGCCUCGUCGUUAUCUGUGUGAGUUUUGUGAAUUCCUCUGCACAGUGUUUUGAGCUACUCAAACCAGAAUGAAGAACUACAGACACACAUUUUAUUCAUGAAGUAACGUCCUUGAGUAGCAGUUGGUUCGCUUUGAUGACGAUGGUUCAAUUCAGACUUUUUGUUUGUGGUGGUUUGAUAAGUAAAACUUAUGUUUUGUCACAGUUCUUAGGCGCGCAGUCAUGCAUCUGUAAGCUUGAGUGGUAAACCGAUACGUCGGUUUGCAGGACAACUUGCUGACUAGUUUUACUAUAAAACGUACUCCUAACUAGUGAAGGUUAGCUCGUAAGCUCAGUUAGUCUACGUUUAAGUCACCAAUGGACCUUCCUCUAUAGCUAGUCCUUAGGCGACGCUCGUAAGUGACGGAGCCUUGAAGUGAUUACUACCACUGAUCCACCAUCCUGGAGAAUAGUUUGUGUGCUGGCAUGUCUGUAUAAUCAAGUCACGUUCCGGCUGUUUGUGUAUUGUGUACUUGACUAUAAUCUUAUCCAGGAUGAGCACAAUAGUAUUUCCUUUAGUUUUGCGUGCAGUUGCGAGCACUGUGGCUGAUCGGAUCAGUAAUAGUGAUAUUCUGAAUGAAAACUAGUGAUGUUACAAAGUUAACGGCAGUUUUUUUUUCUAAAAGUAUGCCUGCAUUUGAGGAAAAUUGUUUCAUUCCGUUCAUGUUGUUCAUCGUCCUGCAAUUUUUGCGUGUUGCUUUAGUAAGAAAUUAAAUUUCUGACUUGUUAGAUUCACUCGCUUGGAGCUUGGUAGUUUGGAGUAUUACCGAUAAAAGCUUUUAUUAAAAUGUACUCCAGUCCUCACAAUGCAAAAGCUUUCCAUUGUCACCAGAAAUUUGGUCUUCGCAGAUUUUUCAACAAGUUUGAUCUCUUCCCGUAUUACCAUCUAGACACGGUUAAGUCAUAAGGUUUCAGGGGCUCUCUUCUCGAAUGGUAGAAGUUGCGAUUCAAUACAGUUUUGUCGACCUUGAUGCAAAUCAACUUUAUGGUGACCAGAAUUGUUGCGUAAUCGUCGACUUUAACAACGCGGCAUGGUUACGUAAGCGUGUACAGUGCCAUUACUAUUACUUUGUCAGAUUGACAGCAUGUGUGUGUUCGUAUGUAUGACGUAUAAACGUCAGUUAUUGCUGAAAGCAUCUACGUCGUUUCUUAAGAAACAUUCGAGUGAUUAGUGCUAUAUUGUGUUAGUGCUUAGUGUAGGAGGCGUCCUUGUACAAAAAAUAUUAAAAGCAAAAUAAUU